AUGCAGCAGGGAGGUGGAAAGCGAGUCUCGGACGAAACAUCCAAAGUUGAGGAGAAUGACAUACUCGGGCCAGAGCCGUCAUACACCAACGUUGUGUCCGGUUAUCAUACAUACGUCCAUGAUAAACCCUUUCCCCUGGAUUAUGGAAACGUGCUCCCGUCAUUUCAGAUCGCGUACGAAACCUGGGGUACAUUGAAUGCUGAUCAGAGUAAUGCCAUCCUGCUUCAUACUGGUUUGUCCGCCAGCUCACAUGCGGCAAGUUCGCCGUCCAAUACCAGCAAAGGGUGGUGGGAAGAAUUCAUCGGGCCGGGCAAAACACUCGAUACCAACCGGUUUUUUGUCAUUUGCACGAACGUGCUGGGCUCGUGCUAUGGGAGCACAGGUCCAUCCAGUCCACAUCCGCUAGAUCCCACAGGCGCCCCGUAUGCGACACGCUUUCCCGUUCUGAGCAUAUUUGAUAUGGUUCGCGCCCAAUUUUGCUUGCUGGAUCACCUAGGCAUAGAAAAACUGUACGCGAGUAUUGGCUCUAGCAUGGGUGGAAUGCAGAGCAUCGCAGCAGCUCAUUUGUUCCGUGAUCGGGUGGAACGAGUCGUGAGCAUUAGCGGAUGUGCUCGCAGCUCGCCGUCAGGUAUUGCACUGCGCUUUGCCCAGCGCAGCGUGCUUAUGGCGGACGAAAAUUGGAAGCGGGGCUUUUACUACGGGCCUGACAAUGUACCACCGCAUAAGGGCAUGAAACUAGCGCGCCAAAUCGCUACGAUCACCUACCGUUCCGGACCGGAGUGGGAGCAGCGUUUCGGACGUGAGCGCCGGAGUUUGCUGCGCGAUGCUUCCUCGCCAGCUCAGCAAGCGCCAGCACUGUGUCCAGACUUUUUGGUCGAGACGUACUUGGAUCACCAGGGUGAGCAGUUCUGCCUCAAGUACGACGCGAAUUCGCUGAUUUACAUCUCCAAGACGAUGGAUCUGUUUGACAUGACGUACGAGGCCCUAGCAGAGCUAGGCGCCAGGCGCUUCGACGCGCACGGUGACGAUGGCCACCUUCCGAUUGAGCCAGUGGAGCAUGUGCACGAGCAUACCCCCAGACGCAGACAGCACAUUACAACAAUCUCGCAUCCAGGCGCACAUGCGUAUGUGCCUUCCCUUGCGCGAGGUCUCCAUCGUCUAAGGGAUGUGCCGAUCCUGAUUCUUGGUGUACAAAGUGAUAUCCUGUUCCCCGUGGAGCAGCAACGUGAAUUGGCCGAAUGUAUCCGGAUGAAUGGAAAUCCGUCCGUCAUGUACUAUGAAAUUGACGCACCCCACGGACAUGACAGUUUCCUCAUUGACGUCGCGAAUGUCGGCGGCGCCAUCAAAGGGUUCCUGAACUAG